AUGGAUGCUCCUACUGUGGAUUAUUCUCCUGUUUGGGAAGAUGCUGUCGUUUGCAUUGCCCCGGUAGAGCUUAUGGAUACCAGGGAAUUAGCUCUCUUGGCGGUGCAUCCCGACGGCUGUGUUACGGCGUGGUCAGCACAAGAUCCAAGUGUUCUUCUUAUGCGUAAACGACAAAUAAACGCCAUGUGUGUUGCGAGCGCCAUUGAUGUGGUGCCACAUAGUUCCCUGGUUUGGUUUGGUGGGGUAAAUGGUGUAGAAUGCUACCGGGCUCAUCGUAGGGAUGGACAACAUGUACAUUUACAAUUUCUUUAUCACUUAUCACUAGAAGGAAUCACAGGCAUACAGGAAUUGCAAACCGAUGGAGAUUCUCUUAUUGCCAUGACGAAUAGUGCCCCACCACAAGUAAUUUUAUGGGCUUCAAUUGGUCGUAUAAGUAAAGCUGAAAAUAUCGUAGAUCAGGUAGAAAAGUGUAUACCGAGAUAUGUUUGCGGUCAUAACACAACUAUGUUUCUUUCUCCAUAUGAUGAAAUUUCUUCUUUUCUUAUUCAUGAUUCAACUAUUUGGCUUGGAUAUUCAACUGGUGUUCUUCUGAUACUAGAUGUAAAAGAUACUAAAUGGGAUGCAAAGACGUCAUGUAUUCUUCGUACAGCAGGUUCUUGUGCUGUAACAGUUUUAACACUUUUUAAAUAUUCACUACAAGCAUCAUUUGUGGUGAGUGGAUUGGAAAAUGGGGAUAUCAUUCUAUGGACAGUGAAAGGAGCUAUACAUAUUGCUCAAUACUUUGAACAUACUGCUGCAAUAUGUGCUAUAACCAGGGUUCCUUGGAUAAAUGGUUUAUGUACUUUGAGUUCUUCACGUGAAAUAUUUUUUUGGAAAUGGCAAUAUGAAUCUGAUUCCUUAGUUAUUGUUGAGCGAGGUGUGCUUGAUGAUGAUAUUGGUGAAAGGAUCCCACAUUCUGUAUGUGCAGUUCGUAAUACUGAAAUUCUUGCUUGUGGUGCAGAUACAUCUCAUAUUUUACAUUGGAAGAGAGCUGUAAAAUCCUCUGCAGUUCUGAAUAUACCCGAAACACUACCAUCUACUGUAGUGAAUGACACAGAAAUAUUCUCACAGCAACUACAAGAACUACGUAAUGAGUGUCGUCAGUGGCAAAAUUUGUAUGCGGCUAGUGAGAUGGAACGUCAGUCGGCUGAGCAUACUGCCUCUACAAGUCAGGCAGACGCUGCGGAAUUAAGGCGACAAAUCAUAAAUCUUGAGGAAAAGGUUUCCAAGUGGUAUACAGAGUCCUCUGAAGAUGUGAAAUGGCAGCAAGAGGCAAUGGAGAAGGAUUUUCAAAUUGAAUACUUAUCAACACAGUUAAAGGCUGCGCAUACUGAGCGUGAUCAAAUGCUAAAGAGUAUGCUUGAACUGGAAAAAGAAAGAAAUUAUAUUAGAAAAAUACAAGAAAAAGAAAAAGAAGCAAAAAAAGGACUUAUUUCACCAACAAGAGAAAGAUGGUUACCAGAGGAAAAGAAGAAGGAGGAGGAGGGGUAUGGGAUUGCGUUAAAGCUGAAAUCAAUGGAUCAAGGAGAGUCUCGGUAUGUUAAAAGAGUUCCUGAAGUAGAUAAAGGAGUUAAUACUAGUGGUAUUGAAAACGUAAAUGAUACUCAUAUUUUUCUGCGGUUAGAGAAAGGAGUUCAAGUUUCAUCAAACCUCUUAAAUCCAUAUGGUGGAAAGAUAAAGGCAGAGGAAGAGGAGGAGGAUGAGGAUGAUGAUGAAAAAAUAGAGAAAAAGAGGAAAAGAAAAAAUAAAGAAAAAAAGAAUGAUAACAUAAAAGCUAUGAAUUCAGCAAUUGUAUGUUCUAAUAUUACGAAUAACAAGUCAAGAAGUCAUUUUGUACAUGGAUGUAUUGAAUCCUCUACAUUUUCUGAACCAUUAUUGAAAGCCUUUAUGGGGGAAGCAACUCCUCAGUCGAGUGCUUCUUCCACUUCUUCCGCUUUGCCCGCACAUUAUCAUACUGAACAUCAUAAACACCAAAAUCAGUGUAUGAGGAUGGAUCAUGAUAUUGUAAGCAAACCAAUGGUAAAACAUUCCCACGAAGGUGAUCGGAAUGAUAUAGCUAAACUCUUAAAAAGAGAAGAAUUAGUGCCAUUCGGUAUGACUAAGACCUUGCAGGUACAGCUUGCGCUUAUGGAAUCAUUACUUCAGAAACACCGUAUGGCAUCUAUUUCAUCAAAUUAUCUUCCUAUUUACUCUACUAAUAUUUUAACGGAUGUCUAUUUCAUGACGCGAGAUAUCUUAGGUACGGAUGAGGCAUCAGCGAUCACUCAAGAAGCCUUAGAAGGAUGGCCUUUGAUCAAUGAACGUGAAGUUGUUUGUAAAUUAUUUUACACUAUCUGUUGCAGAUACCGAACUAUGUUCUUUCAAUCAUCUUCUCAUCUAGAGAAGCACAGUACCUGA